AUGCUGUCAACAACAGCCUCUCUAACCGUGACUUCGGUUGCGACUCUAGCGUUAGUAAUAAUUUUCAAUACAGUACACGAUCCUCUACUAGCAUCACUUGGUUUCGCGUUAUUAGGAUGCACGAUUACACUGCACCUCAUUCCCGCACUAAAAGAUAGUUUUAAAAAAGCUGGAAGAGUAGGGAUCGAUCUUCUCAAGUUAGAUCGACCGGAGAUACCUGAAAGUAUGGGUGUUGUUUGCGCGACUGUAUAUUUAGUAUGCCUGUUUUUAUUUAUUCCGUUUCCGUUUAUGGAAUGGCUUACUGGUUCGGGAGACAUAUUCUCUCGUAAAGAAGUUUUUCAUAUACCGACAUUUCCACAUGAUAAGCUAGGUGAAUUUCUUUCAGCAAUACUAUCCCUGCAAUCGAUGAUAUUUUUAGGAUUAGCAGACGACGUGUUUGAUAUCAGGUGGAGAUACAAAUUACUAUUACCAACUAUUGCCUCUAUUCCCUUGUUGAUGGUUUACUACGUAAAUUUCGGCGUGACACAUAUUGUUGUGCCGAUUCCGUUACGAUUUCUAUUUGGACAUAUAGUCGAUUUGGCUGGGGUAAAUGGUGUCGAAGCGGGGCAAUCGCUGGUGAUUGGCAUUUCUAUAGCCAUUAACGAUUGGCUAUUUUUGAAUGCGGCCGAUCCGGCAGUCGAAGCACAUUUAUUGUCGUUAUUUCUGAUUUUACCGUUUAUUGCACCGCAAUUAUUCAAAUUGAUGGAUUGUCCAAGGCAUCGGAUGCCAAGAUUGAACGCAAAGACUCAAAAAUUAGAAUACAGUCGUGCCAGAAUAAAAAGUCCUUCAAUACUCGGCCUAUUCAUACUAAAAGUAUUCUCGAGUCUAAGCCUUGCAAAGGUCACUACAAUACAACGUAAAGGAGAAAUUCAACAACAAAAUUCAGAAUUUAGCAAUACGGAUAUUAAAAAUGAUACUUUCACUGAGAUCGAUAGGUUUAGAGACGAAGACGAUGAUGAUGAUACCAAUAUGAAUAUAAUAGAAGUAAACAAUUUCACUAUGCUAAAUCUAAUACUGCUGAAGUUCGGACCGAUGCGCGAACGUACACUUACACUUACUGUGAUGAUAAUACAAAUCUUUGGAAGUGCUCUUGCGUUUUUUGUGAGGUAUCAGUUGGUGCAUUUUUUCUACGAGAAGGAUG